AACUCUUCUACUGAAGGUGAUAAACAACACGAUCAUCAGUACAAACGGUUGAUAUAUGAAACCUGUGAAUGUCAUUUAAACGGAAAAAUGUCAGGUGAUUCAGGAUGGAACGCUGUUAUCCAUCGUCCGUCGGAGCUCGAGCUUCAGAACUGGAAUUGGGACGAAAACGAUGGCGAACCAGAACGCGAAUUACCAUCUACCGUGGACAUGGACGCCAUAAAAGGUGGUGGUAGUUGGGUUCCUGCAACUGAACAAAAUGAUAGUGAGUCUGUUGAUUCAGAGGAAGAUUCUGAUUCAGAUGAUGAAAGUUCUGGUGGUACCGAUGGCAGCUGUUCAUAUUCUGACUCUGAAUCGGACGAUGAGAGCAGUGGUGAUGAAUUUGACGAUUCUGUCAGUAAUUCAGAUUGUUCUUCCGAGCAUAGCGAACAAACAUUCUCCAUACGUGAAACAAAUUUUGAUCAGGGGGGUCUUAAAUUAAAAAUAAGUUUGAAAGCACAAAAAAAAGAUAUUAAUAUUGAUAAUAAUGUCGUAAUUCCUGAUAAUAAAUCUAAAUGUGAUAAUAAUAGUAAAGUUACUAAAAAAAUAUUAACGCGUAAGUCCAAAGCAACGUUGAAAACAUCCGAAUGUACUUCUGAUGAUUCUGAUUCGUCGGCAGGCCCGAUAUCUACAGUGAAUCAAUCAUCACUUCCAGUUACAUCACAAUUACAAUCACAAAAUCAAUCAUCACAUUUAAAUCAACAACAACAACAACAACAAUUACAACAGCUGCAGCAACAACAACAACAACAACAACAACAACAACAACAACAACAACAACAACAACAACAACAACAACAACAAUUACAGCAGCAACAGCAGCUGCAACAACAAAAACAACAACAAAAACCACAACAACAACAACAACAACAACAACCACAACAACAGCAGCAGCAGCAGCAGCAGCAGAAUCAACACUCAUCAUCGUCAUCAUCAUCAUCAUCAUCUUCAUCGUCAUCAUCAUCAUCAUCAUCAUCAUCACCAUCAUCACAACCUCCUCUACAAAAAAUUGAUCAAGAACAUUUAUCAGCAAUUAUUCCUGAUCAGGAGGAUACACCAUUCGAUGGUUUCGAAGACUCAGAAAGUGGUCGGUUAGUAUCAAAAGCUAUUGAACGUAUGUCAUUGAGUGCUGAUUCAGAUUCUAGUGAAAAUACCGAUCAAAAUCCAGUGCCUGUUUACAGUUCAACGUUAUUACAACAGUUUGUUGAAAAAACAGCGUUAUUAUCAGAACCACGAAAGAGACGUAGUAAAGUUGGUAAAAAAACAGCCGAUUCUGAAUACGCGUGCACAGCUAAUGUGUCACCAGACUCUGGUAUACAAUCCGUUAAUAAUAGUCCACUGCAUUUGACAACAACUCCAGCUAGUCCGCCUGCUCGUUCACAAUCACCAGUACAAUCAACAUCGGCACCAGCGUCAGCACCACCACCACCACCACUACCACCUCCACCAAAACCGGCAGUUAAUGUUGAUCGAGUAUUAUAUCCGCCAAAAAGAAAACCUGGUAGACCUGCUAAAAUGGUGUCAACACAACCACGUGGUCCUGGCAGGCCACGUUUGAAGCCGGAUGUUGUUGAAAAAAUCACUAAAAUUGAACGAAAUUCAAGUCCUAUUGUCAGUACUAAUAAACGGGAUACUAGUACUAGCAAACGUGGUAAACAAUUGACAAAAAGUACUAACAAAUUAACGGUGCAACAAGAAAAUAAAGAAGAAUUGCCGAGGAAUCAAAGGUUAAAAAAUAAAAAAACAAUUGUUAAUAACGGUGAAACCUCGGUGUCUACUAGUACUAAUACUUGUACUAAUAGUAAUAAUAAAAAUAAAACUUGUUCGACUGAUAAUAAAAAUAAUUCACAUGAUGAUAAUAAGUGCCUGAAUAAUAAAUCUAAUGCUAGUAAUAAAAAAGUAACUAAUAAGGAUAAGGAUACAUUAAAAACAUGCGAAAAAGUGUACAAAAAAUUACGGCAUGAUAAAUCUGCUGAGUCAAAUAAAAGUACUUCACCAUUGAGACAAAAAAUCAGCAAUGAUCAUACUUUCAGUGAUGAUAAAACUAUUAAUAAUAGUAGUAACACUGCUAUGAAAAAAGGUUCAAAGGAAAAUAGGAUUUCUGAAUGUUGUUCUUCACCAUCGGCAAAUAAAAAACAAACUUUAUCAAAGAAAACAAUAACCGCAUCAUCAACAUCUGCACUUUCAGCACCAAAACGUGUUCAUAAAGAAAAUAAAACUUGUAAAAAAAUAUCUGAAACAAGUGGUGUUGGCGUGCAAACAGUAAUAUCUGUUCCUAUUGAUAUGAAAGCUGAGGAUAUUGAAAUAAAAACAGACAAGCGUGAUAAAUCUAUCCAAUCAACAAAUCAUCGUUUUAAAAACAAUAACAGCAACAAUAAUGCUAAUUCUCACCAUCAUCACCAUCACCAUCAUCAUCAUCACCAUCAUAAGCACAAACGACGGGUUGUUGUACCACCGAAAAAACCAUUACGUGUUGAUCCGCUAAUUGUCGAAGAGUUGGAAAAACUUAUUGAUGAUUUUGCAAAAUUAUGCAGUCUUGGCAAAAGUAUUACCAUUUCAAAUACUGAAUUACCACAAAUAUUUCGCGUUAAAAAAAUUACUAAGAAACGAAAAGGUGAUUCGAGUACUAAUGACGAACAAAAAUCAUUGAAAAGACGACUAAAGAAAGACAAAGUUUCUAGCAGUGGUAGCAGUGGAGAUUCAAAGAGCAGUAAUCAAAAUUCAAAUACCCCGUCAAAUCCUAAUGAACAGAGAUUGCCAUUGAAAAAACGGCAUUAUCAUUUAUCGAGCCCACACAGUUCACAGAGUUCAAAUGCCAGCUCGACUGAUACCAAUCCAAAUGAAUCAAAUUCAAUGGAAAGCCAUAUUGAAGAAGCUAUUGAAGCAACUAUUGAAAGAUACAGUGGUAGUCCAUCAUCAUCACUGUCUAGCAAUUUACAUAAUCAAAAAGAAAAAGAUAUUGCUUCUCAAACACUAAAAAAACGUUUACGUGAUGGUACUGACAGUACCGCUGUUGCCGAAACAGCUAGCGAAAGUUCUGACACCGAAGACAAACCUUUAAAUCGUUCAGAGCAUCAACCGCCACGUCGUAAGAAAAAAAUAGUACGCGAUUUACGUGUUACUGUCACUAAAUUAAUUACAUCGGACAACAAUCUCACAGCAAAUAAUGGAGACAAAGUUGACAAUAAAGUGACCAAUGAAAAGAUUAAUAAUAAAAAUAGUACAGAUAAAAGUACAAACAAGGUGGAUAAAGUUAUUGAUAAGCAGUUAAAAACAGUUGACAAGAGUAAUGAACAACAACAGCAGCAGUCUGAAAAAAAUGACAAAAAUGAACAGCAAAAAAAAUCAUCAUCCGAUAAAAAUGACAAGAUUAAUUCAGCUAAUAGAGAUACAGAUGGUAAAAUAAACGUUAUAGAUCGUAAAGAUAGUAAUAAAAAAGAGUUAUUGAACGUACCAAAUCCAGUUAAUCCGAUGGCAGCAUUAAUACUUACUAAGAAAAAAGUACGUCGAAGAAAAGCUAUUAAUCGAACUGGUUUUCCAACACUCAAGAAAAAGAAGAAAAAGAAAAUCGCUGUAGUUAUUGAUAAUGAUGAUGAUGAUAAUGAUGAUGAUGAUGAUGAUGAUAAAAAUGAUGAUGUUAAUAAUGUUAAUGAUAAAGACAAAUUAACGCUAGUGCCCCGUGUUGACAUAACAAUAACAGAUUUAGAAAAAAUAUCUAAAGUUGAAGAAAAAUCCGUACUGUCAGAAAGCGAUGUUAAUACCGUACUACCUAUUGUAGAUGAGACUAAAAAUCAAGAUAGUGAUAAUAAUAACGAGGAAGAUGAUGAUUGUGGUAUUAUUGACGAUGAAGAUGAUAAUGAUGAUGAUGAUGAUGAUGAUGAUGAUGAUGACGGUAAAAUGGAUACAAAUGACUUUAAAGAUUUUCCUGAAUUAUCUUGUCACAGCUAUUCUGAUGAAAUGACAGACACUUGCCAUGGAUCCGGAUUGAGAGUACGAAAAGACUUAGUUGAGUGUGAUGGUAGUAAACCGUGUGAUAAAUCCUGCCCAGUCAAGUAUGAAAGAAUUCAAGAUUCAAGAAUUUAUGAUGAAAAUGCGACACUUGAAGAGUCAUUGGAACGUUACAAUCAGAGUCAGCGCAUAGCUGAAUUAAACGAGGAAAAUUUAAAGAAACUUGAACGUACAAAUUCUCAUUCAAGUGGGUCAUCUAAAAUAAUUGAUUCACCAGGUUAUCUUAAUAACAAUCACAAACGUAGAAGAGGUUCAACUAGUCCGUGUAAUUUAACACUAAGAAGUAUUAAGAGGCUUAAAAAUAAUGCUGCUGGUUAUGAUACUGAGAGUGACGCAUUACCAAGCAGCGAUGUUGCGAGUGAUGGACCAGAAGUCGGUAGUAAACAACAGGGCUCAUUGCAUUUACGUAAGAAACAGCCGAGAUGGAAGAAAAGAUAUCUACCAGCUGGGCUCUUCUCAGAUUACUACAAAGAAGAUGAACCGCGUAAAGUUACAAAUGCUGACGGCGCUGGUAAAAAUAAACUUUUAUAUGAUCCAGCAGAGCAUCCACAUGGUUUGCUACCACCACCCUAUCACUGUGGUAAAUUUUUACGACAACGUAAAAUACCAUUUCAAUUACCUUAUGAUCUUUGGUGGCUCCACACACACUCACGUUUGCCUGGCCGUGACUUGGUGCCCUCUUGGAAUUACAGAAAAAUACGUACGAAUAUUUAUUAUGAUGUUAAACCGACAACCCUGUAUGAACCACAGGCAUGUGAAUGUAAAACAGACAGUGGUUGUGGCGAUGAUUGUAUUAAUCGCAUGGUUUUCAGUGAAUGUUCAUCGCAGAUGUGUCCUUGCGGCGACGGUUGCGGUAAUCAGAAAAUUCAACGACACGAGUGGACACCGGGCUUGCAAAGAUUCAUGACAGAAAAUAAAGGAUGGGGUGUCAGAACAAAGGAUUCCAUUAAAACAGGUUGUUUCAUACUGGAGUAUGUCGGUGAAGUUGUUUCUGAAAGGGAAUUCAAAUCACGAAUGGCGACAAGAUACGCCAAUGACACGCAUCAUUAUUGUCUUCAUUUAGACGGCGGACUAGUAAUUGAUGGGCAUCGUAUGGGUGGGGACGGACGUUUUGUUAAUCAUUCAUGCGAGCCGAAUUGUGAAAUGCAAAAAUGGAGUGUCAACGGUUUACCACGCAUGGCAUUAUUCGCGUUGCGUGAUAUUGAAUCUGGAGAAGAAUUGACUUAUGAUUAUAACUUUGCUCUAUUUAAUCCAUCGGAAGGACAAAUAUGUAGAUGCGGUAGCAGUGCAUGUCGUGGAGUUAUUGGUGGCAAAAGUCAACGUAUUGCAAGACCACUCACCACUCCAGCUUUGCCGUCUGUCGAAAAUACCGAACGUAGAUCUGUUGGUCGGCCACGCAAAAAUAUACGUAAAUCAAAUCAAGUACAAGCAACAUCAAAAGGCUUGUGUAAGACUCGUAAAGUUGGGGAUUCAAGUUUAAUAAAUACACCGAUGGUUAAACCUAUGUCACAGCAACAGCGAUAUUUUGCACAACAGCAUCACUGUUUCUUGCUAAGGAAUUUAGAGAAAGUUAAACGUAUGAAGACGCCAGUGGCUCAGCAAGUAAACACUCAAGCUAAGAGCAAAGAUAAUAAAGUUGUUCCUGCCGCUAAAGAAAAAAUAACUACCGAGUCAAAGUCACAAUCAGAAGCAGCGUUGUUUACUCAGUUAACAGCUUUGACGAAUAAUGCAUCACGGACUGUCAGGACUCGUCGUUUAGCUCAAGCUCAAGAUGAUCCGGAGGUUAAUAAAACUGCUAAGUUAGCUAAAGUAUUAAAAGAUUUGUAUAAUGUUAUUGCUACUGCUAACGAUGAAAAUAGUUUAUUACUUUGUAUGCCAUUUAUUACUCUGCCACCUAAAAGAAAAUUGCCAAACUAUUAUGAGAAAAUUCAAGAUCCGAUAGACUUAACGAUUAUUGAUCAGGGUAUUAGUACUGGUCAUUAUAAAACAGCAGAACAAUUUGAUCAGGAUAUUAUUAAAUUAUUUGAUAAUAAUGUUAAAUACUUUGGCAGAACAUCUGAAGUAGGUAUCGCAGCGGCUCGCCUACGUAAAAUAUACUUAGGAAGUAAAACAAACUUCAUUGAAGCAAUAACAGAAGCAACAGGGUCACCACCUGCCCAAUGUUUCUUACCGCCUCGAGGCUCAACAGCUGGCGAAGAAGACGUUAUCAGAUGUAUUUGUGGCUUACACAGAGAUGAAGGUUUAAUGAUACAAUGUGAACGGUGUUUAGUAUGGCAACACUGCGACUGCGUUAAAGCUGAUACAACUGCUGAAUCUUAUCUAUGUGAACGGUGUCAACCGAGACCUGUUGAUUAUGAAAUACCGCUUGAGGGCGAGGAAGAGGAAAAAGGUAAAAAACACUACGUAACUCUGAUGCGUGGUGAAUUACAAUUAAGGCAGGGUGAUACUGUCUACGUAUUACGUGAUACACCUGAAAAACACACAUACAAAACUCUUGAAAAGUUUGAUUAUGAACAAAUGGAUAUAUUUAGAAUUGAAAGAUUGUGGAAAAACGAUCAAGGUGAAAGAUUUGUUUUUGGUCAUCAUUAUUUACGACCCCAUGAAACUUACCACGAGCCAACGAGAAAGUUUUAUGAAAAUGAAGUUGUUUGUGCGCCGCUUUAUGAAGCUGUGCCGUGCGAUUUAGUUGCUGAAAGAUGCUGGGUACUUGAUCCUCACACCUAUUGCAAAGGGCGACCUGUUGGUGCUACUCCGGAACACACUUAUGUUUGUGAAUAUAGAGUUGACAGAGCUGCUAGAUUGUUCACUAAAGUUGCUAGAGCUCGUCAUCAAGUUUGUACUAAACCAUAUGCUUUUGAAACCUUUCCGCAACGUAUUAAACACUAUCGUACUUAUUUGCCUCACAGUUUGGAAAGUAUACAAGCAAUAAAAGCGAUGAGAGAAAAGAAAAAGAGCGCAGCACAUAUGGAUAAUGACCAUAAUCAUAAAACGGAGAUUGAUGUUAAAGUAAAUGGUAAAGAACAAUCAAAGUCAGUUGGAAAAAACAGAAAUAAAUCAUGUGAUGAUCAAACUACUACGCGACUUACGGUGUCACCUGCUCAACGAGAAGAACAACGAAAAAGAUUGAAUCGGAUCCUUAAAAAUUUACUCCAACGAAUGCCAAAUAAGAAGGACCCAUUGGACUUGUCAUUUUUAUUAGAACGUAACCGUCGAAAUCGUAAAAGACCAAAUGGAUGUAAACAGUGA